AUGGCUUCAAAAACUGCUGAACCAUUACGCGAAAAAACAAGAAUUAUUGAUUCUUAUUUAGCACAUAAUGGAUUUGUUAGUCAUCACAUAUAAUCAUUUAAUUACUUUAUCAAUAUAAAAUUGCAAUAAAUUAUUACAUCAUCAAUGAAUAAGGAAUUGCGUUUAGAUACAGACAACUCUUUCUUACUAGAAUAUACCAAAAUUUAUAUUGAGCCUCCUGCUCAUGACAAUAAAACAAUGAUGCUUCCUUAAGAAGCUAGAUUGAGUAACUCUUCUUAUGCAGGGAAUAUUUAUGUUGAUUGUGAACUCACAUUUAAUGGAAAGAAAGAAGAUAGUUUGAGAAAGGUCAAUAUUGGAAAAAUGCCAAUUAUGCUUGGAUCUAGUCACUGCAAUUUAAUCAAAGCUUUGGAGUUAGGAUAAGUCCAUAAAUUAUAAGAAUGUGCUAAUGACCCAAGAGGGUAUUUCAUUAUCAAGGGAGUAGAAAAGGUUUUCCUCAUUUAAGAAUAAUUAGCUGAUAAUAGAAUUUUCAUUGAAGAAGACAAAAACAAAGAGUUAGUUGCUAACGUUAAAUCAAACACAGUUGAUACUAAAUCAAUCACUUCAUUAAUUAUCAAAAAUCAUAAAAUUUAUGUCAAAGUCAGUUCAUUCAGCAAGCCUAUUCCUUUGCUUAUAUUUUUUAAGGCAUACGGAGUAGAAUCAGAAUAGGAAAUAUUCUAGUUAAUAGGUACUGAAGAGCACUUGCUCAAUCGUCUAGCUCUAUGCUUAGAAGAUAUUGAAUAAUCUCAAGUUUACACAUAACAAUAAGCCUUAGAAUAUCUCUCUAAGCGUCUAAGACCUAAAACGUUCUAAGAUAAAAAAUAUUCCUCAAGAAAUCCAGUUGACGAAGCAAGAGAUAUAAUAACAAAUGUCGUUUUGUGUCACAUUCCUUGCAAGAAUUAUAACUAUUAUCCUCGUGCUAUUUUCUUGGGUUUGAUGGCAAGAAGAUUAAUUGAAGCCUUGGAUGACCCAAGCAAAAUUGAUAAGAGAGAUUACUAUGGUAACAAGAGAAUGAAAUGUGCUGGUUGGUACUUGGAAUUACUUUUUGAAGAUAAAUUUAAAUAAUUUAACAUGAUGGUUAGAAAAGAGCUCAGCAAAGAAAUAGAAAAGCACAAAAAUAAAUCUUACCCAAUUAAAAACAGAGUAGAAUCUAUUUUAGAGAAGAACCAUGAUAUUAUUACUUAAGGUUUGAAUAAUGCUAUUUCAACUGGUAAUUGGACAAUUAAGCGUUUUAGAAUGGACACUGUUGGUGUUACCCAAGUCUUAGCAAGAAUCUCAUAUAUAGCUGCUAUUGGUAUGAUGACUAGAAUGAACAGUCAAUUUAAAAAAUCAAGAAAGUUAACUGGUCCUAGAUCUUUGCUUGGUUCUCAUUGGGGUUUAGUUUGUCCUGCUGAUACUCCAGAUGGUGAAUCUUGUGGUUUAACAAAGAAUCUUUCUCUGAUGGCUCAUAUUACUAUUGAAGAAAAGAAAAAUGUACUUUCAACUAUUGCUUUGAAUUUAGGUAUGGAAGACAUUGGACAUUACAGCUCAGGAGAAAUCCAUGAAGAUAAAAAUUAUAUGGUUUUCUUAAAUGGUUAAAUUAUUGGUAUGCACAGAGAUCCUGAGGCUUUUGCUUAAAAAUUAAGAUUUAUGAGAAGAAGAGGUAAAAUUGGUACUACUAUUAGUAUAAGCACAAACUCUGAAAAGAGAGCAGUUUAUUUAGAUACAGAUGAUGGUAGACUUUGCAGAUUAUUAAUUGUAGUAGAGAAUGGAAAACCUUUGAUCACUAAUGACCAUUUAAACGACUUAAAGGAAAAAAGAAAGAGCUAUUUGGAUUUAAUUAGAAUGGGUUUAAUCGAAUAUAUUGAUGUUAAUGAAGAAGAUAAUUGUUAUAUUGCUAUUAAAUAGGAAGAUAUUCCAAAUCGUAGCAAGACUACUCAUAUGGAAAUAGAUCCAUUAACAUUAUUAGGUGUAGUUUCAGGAUUAGUUCCUUACCCACAUCAUAACCAAGCAAGUAGAAAUACUUUCUAAUGUGCUAUGGGUAAGCAGGCACUUGGUAUUAUUGGUAGUACUUCUAUGAAUAGAGUUGAUACAAUUCUUUACUAACUAAUUUAUCCUUAAACUCCUUUGCUUAAAACCAAAGUUAUUGAAUAUGCUGGUUACGAUAAAUUCCCAGCUGGUCACAAUGCAAGUAUUGCAGUUCUAAGUUAUUCUGGUUAUGAUAUAGAAGAUGCUACUGUACUAAAUAAAUCAUCUCUUGAUAGAGGAUUUGGUAGAACAAUGGUUUUUAAGAAGUAUGAAACUGAAAUUCAAAAGCUCAAAAUGUCUGGUUUAACUGAAUUACUAAGAGGUCCUCCAAAAGAAGCAGAAGGCUCAUAUAAAAAGAAAUAAAACAGAGUUUUAAAGAAGUUUGGUGCUUUGGAUGAUGAUGGUACUCCUAUAGUAGGUGCCUCUAUUAACAAUGGCGAUGUCUUAUUCAACAAGUAUACUCCUUUACUUACUCUCGAAUAGUAAAGAGGUCGUGAUAUUCUCAACAAUAACUCUGUCUCUGAAUAUAUUCAUAAUCCUACUACAUUCAAAGGUAAAAAAUUAGCUAGAAUCGAUAGAGUUAUUAGAAGUCAAUAAGAUGGAAACGUUAUCAUUAAAACUAUAGUUAGAGAAACCCGUAGACCAGAAUAUGGUGAUAAAUUUAGUUCAAGACAUGGUCAAAAAGGUAUUAUUGGUUUAAUAGUAAAUUAAGAAGAUAUGCCAUUCAGCGAGAAAGGUUGGGUCCCAGAUUUAAUUAUGAAUCCUCACGGUUACCCUUCUCGUAUGACAGUUGGCAAGCUCUUAGAAUUGCUUGGUUCAAAGGCAGCUGUUUUAUCUGGAUAGUUUAAGUACGGCACAGCAUUUGGAGGAGAUAAGAUGGCUGAUUUAUCUUCAAUUUUAGUAUAGAAUGGAUUUUCAUAUACAGGUAAAGAUGUUAUCAUAAGUGGUAUCACUGGUGAAUAUAUGUAGUGCUAUGUUUUCUGCGGUCCUGUAUUCUAUUAGAGAUUAAAACACAUGGUUGCUGAUAAAGUUCAUGCUCGUGCAAAAGGAAGAGUAACAACUCUUACAAGAUAACCUACUGAAGGUAGAGCAAAAGAUGGUGGUUUAAGAUUAGGAGAAAUGGAAAGAGAUAGUUUAUUAGCUUUUGCUUCAUCAAACUUGCUGAUAGAAAGAUUGAUGAUAAGUUCUGAUAAAUUUUCUGUAUAAGUUUGUGAGAAAUGUGGUUUCAUUCAGCAUACAAAUAGUUGCAAGAUGUGCUAAACUGAUUAGGUUAGCAAGGUAGUCAUGCCUUAUGCUUGCAAACUGCUUUUCUAAGAGCUUCUUUCAAUGAAUAUAAAACCAAAAUUGAAUCUUGUUGAUAUAAAUAAAAUUGAAAACUCUUGA